AUGCUCACCAAAGCCGACUUUCGAGCCAUUAUGCGGCGACAAAAAACUCUGGUCAUCGAUGGAGCACUGGCUACCGAGCUGGAGACCCGUGGACAUGACCUGAAGCAUCCAUUGUGGUCCGGCAAAGUACUAAGAGAUGACCCAGAUAGCAUACAACAAGUGCAUCUGGAUUACUACCUCGCAGGAGCCGACGUUGCCAUCACGGCCUCCUACCAAGCAAGUACCGAUGGUCUGAAGAAACAUCUGCAGGUCGACCACGACGAGGCUACAGAGCUCAUCAAGCGUAGUGUGCGACUAGCACAGCGGGCGCGGUGUCAAGCCUACCAGCAAGGUCGCGACGAAGAAGGCAGCAAACUUCUCAUUGCCGGCAGCGUAGGACCUUAUGGCGCGUACUUGUCAGACGGCUCAGAGUAUCGUGGCGAUUACAAGCUAACAGCAGAUGAAUACCGUACAUUCCAUCAACCUCGUGUCAAAGCUCUUGUGGACGCUGGUGUUGAUAUGUUGGCUAUUGAGACUAUACCAAGCAUGUCUGAGACUGAAGGCAUACUGGCUAUGCUCAAAGAUGACGUUCCGGACACUAUUGCAUGGUUGAGCAUCACACUCCGAGACUCCGAGCAUAUGAGCGAUGGCACACCACUCACGCAGCUUGUAGAGAAGACAGCACAGUCCGAGCAAAUCGUCGCUAUUGGUGUUAACUGCGUGCCGAUGCGCAUGGUAACGGCCUCGCUCCAGCACACAAAAUCGAUAUUGGAAGACAUGCCCUCUCCUGCCAGCAACCGCGAUGCUUCUGCGAUUGCCACGUCAGGAUAUCAGCUGCCUUUGGUAUGCUACCCGAACUCUGGUGAGACCUGGAAUGCCGAGACGAAGCUGUGGGAGGGCAGCAAGUCUGGCUCUAAGGAUGAGCUGACGACCCGCGUCGCUUACUGGCAGGACGCUGGAGCGAGGUUGAUCGGUGGGUGCUGUCGGACUGGACCAGAAUUUGUGAAGGGUGUUGCGAAGGCGUUGAAGCAGCAGCGACAACAGGACGAAGGAGAGUGA